ACUUACCGGCCGGAACAUUAUUAUUCGGCUUCAAAGUAGCUCGGUUCUAUGCGUCGGACGUUAUUAUCGACUCUUCGCCUCUCUUCAACUCGUUCACCACUAGCGUUAUGAAACCAUCACUAACGGCUUAUUUAUAUCUUCCAAUACAGCGGAUCCGGCCGGGGAUAUAUCAUGUGAAUUCCAGUAUAUCUACUAAAAGUUGAUUGCGAUAGCUCGGGUGCACAUCGCAAGACGUUAGGUUCCUUUCCAAGUUCCAACCGGUCCAGCAAAAGUCUCUUCCUGAACUCGCAUUCAGCGGGAUACUAGUACAAGCUGUCAGCUCGCCCGAUGGAUGUCCCUUCAGAAACCCAGCCUCUCCUGCGACCAGCGCCUGCCAAAGUCCAGCGGAAGGUGAUCAAUGACAUUCCAGUGGAAGGGUAUCUACCUGUGCAAGAUGAGUCCGGCCGUAACAUACUUGACGAUGUGCCUGAUGAAAAGAAGCAGAUCGGACUCGCUAGUGCAGUAAUGCUUAUAUUCAACAGGGUGAUUGGAACUGGCGUUUUUGCAGCGCCUAGUGUUAUACUGCGGUCAUCGGGGAGUGUGGGAAUGACUUUUGUUAUGUGGAUACUCGGUGCACUCGUCGCAGCUGCAGGUACUGCUGUUUAUGUAGAGUUUGGAACGGGACUGCCGAGGAGUGGUGGGGAGAAGACCUACAUGGAAUACAUUUAUCGCCGACCGAGAUUCAUGAUCACUUGCUUCUACGCGGUAUACGGAAUACUCAUAGGUUGGAUGGCCGUAAAUAGCGUUGUUAUCGGGGAAUAUACCUUGAAUGCCCUCGCAAUCCAGCCUACCACUGUUAACGUUCGAGUGGUCGCCUUUCUGUGCUCGACAUUCUGUCUCAUCGCCCACGGUGCAUUUUUGAACUAUGGGCUGAAACUACAGGAUGCAUUGGGUUUUUUCAAGUUAUUCGUAUUACUCAUCAUUACUAUUUCUGGGCUCUUCAGCCUCGCUGGUGUCCCUGGAUUCGCUGUACGUGCCGGAUACGAUGUUCCACAUAAUUUCACGUGGUCAUCUUUUUGGGAGGGAAGUGACAUUGGCCUAAAUGCAUUCAUCACUGGAAUGUAUAAUGUCGUCUGGGCUUACAGCGGAUACUCUAAUGCCAAUUAUGCUUUAUCUGAAGUGCGAGAUCCUGUCCGUACCAUCAGGCGCGCUGCACCUCUUGCCAUGAUUCUUGUCGCGGUCGCGUUUUUGUCCGUGAAUGUUGCGUACUUUGCUGUGGUUUCCAAGCAAGACAUGCUUGGAGGUGGCACUAUGGCGGCAGCGCUAUUAUUUAGGAACAUCUUUGGUCCUGCUACAGAACGGAUUUUAAGUGCUGUUAUUGCACUGUCGGUACUAGGAAACCUUAUGAGCAUCCUGUUCUCGCAAGGCAGAGUUGUUCAAGAGUUAGGUAGAGAGGGUGUUUUACCACUUUCAUCUUUCUUUGCCAGCAACAAACCCUUCAAUGCACCCUUUGCUGGGCUCUUCACUCAAUGGCUCGUUUCUAUGAUCAUCAUGGUUGUUGCUCCUCCUGGAGAUGCCUAUCUCUUCAUCGUAAAUUUCUCGUUAUACCCCCUGACGAUAUUUAAUCUACUGAUAUCGGGUGGCCUCCUCCUUCUGUACACCCCUGCAUUCAAAUCCUACGAGUGGUGUCCUCCAUUCCGAGCGUGGAAGUCCGCCGUUCUAUUCUUUUUCUUAUCCCAUGUCGUUCUUGCUAUCUUGCCCAUGAUCCCGCCCUCUCCAGGAUCCGACACUUAUGAACAUCUCCCAUAUUGGUCCCACGUCGUUAUAGCAAUGUCAAUCGGUCUACUUAGCAUUAUAUACUGGUUUGUUUUCUUCUACUGGAUACCCAAGACGCGUGGAUACCGUAUCGUGCAGGAGAUUGUCUUACAGGAUGACGGGGUCCCGCGGAACGUCCUUCGGAACAUACCAAAUAGAUCAGGUGAUGAAGGACAUGCGUAAAUGUAGAUGCUCUUUGCAGGGCAGAAUACCCCCAGGAUGGCAAAGGACUUGGGAGUUUGCUGCUUCCGACAACGUAGAUUUAUUGAUGCUUCGUACAAUUUUGUAGUUGUACAAGAUCAUGAUCAAGACAACUGUCUACUGUGCACAAA